GCAGAGUCGGGCUGAGGUUGGGGGGCGCCGGAGGAGCCAUGGGGGCCACUGGCGACGCCGAGCAGCCGCGGGGACCCGGCGGGGCAGAGCGGGGCGGCUCCGAGCUGGGCGACGCGGGCGCAGCGGGGCAGCUGGUACUCACGAACCCUUGGAACAUAAUGAUAAAGCACAGGCAGGUGCAGCGAAGGGGCCGCCGCUCACAGAUGACAACAAGUUUCACAGAUCCUGCCAUUUCCAUGGACCUCCUUCGAGCUGUCCUGCAGCCUAGCAUCAACGAGGAGAUCCAGACGGUCUUCAACAAGUAUAUGAAGUUCUUCCAGAAGGCAGCACUGAACGUCAGAGACAAUGUCGGGGAAGAAGUGGACGCAGAGCAGCUGAUCCAGGAGGCCUGUCGGAGCUGCCUGGAGCAGGCUAAACUCCUGUUUUCAGAUGGAGAAAAAGUAAUACCCAGAUUGGCCCAUGAGCUUCCAGGGAUAAAGCGUGGCCGACAGACAGAAGAGGAAUGUGCCCAUCGAGGAAGCCCUGUUCCCAAAAAGAGGAAAGGACGGCCUCCUGGACACAUGCUGUCGAAUGACCGGGCAGCCGCUGGCAUGAGGAGGAAACGACAGCUCAGAGAGCUUCCUGGACCUGCCUGCAUGGCUAGAUGGAAACCAAAGUCCUGUGAACCAAUUCGCCGAGAAGGCCCCAAGUGGGACCCAGCCCGGCUGAAUGAAUCUACCACCUUUGUGUUGGGAUCUCGAGCCAACAAGGCCCUGGGGAUGGGGGGCACCAGAGGGAGAAUCUACAUCAAGCACCCGCACCUCUUUAAGUAUGCAGCUGACCCCCAGGACAAGCACUGGCUGGCCGAGCAGCAUCACAUGCGGGCAACAGGGGGGAAGAUGGCCUACCUCCUCAUCGAGGAGGACAUCCGGGACCUCGCAGCCAGUGAUGACUAUAGAGGAUGCCUGGACUUGAAGUUGGAGGAGCUGAAAUCCUUUGUGCUGCCCUCCUGGAUGGUUGAGAAGAUGCGAAAGUACAUGGAGACACUACGGACAGAGAACGAGCAUCGUGCUGUUGAAGCGCCUCCACAGACCUGACCGAAGCCAAGACCCCUGGCUACACUUGGCAGCCCUCCUCCAAGGCCCUGGCACCCACGUGGCGGAGGCCACUGCUGGGACUGCACCUGGAUGGAUCUCAGCAGCAUUAAGCUGUGCCUGGGCUAGUCUGUAGUGACUCACUACAGAGCACCCCCAGACUGGCGUGUGGUUCUGUUUGUAAAGUUAUCGGGUUAAGAAACAAUUAAACAGUUUGUAAUAGUGA